AUGAGAUUCACAUUCAAAUUUCCGUUAAGCGGAUUGUUCAAGUAUAAGGUUGGAAAGUUCAACUACCAAGUGGAACAGGAAAUCCGGACCAAAUUGGACUCAUUGUCCUCCGUCACCAAGAUCUACACCAACCCAGACGGCACCCCAAGAGUGCCUACCGACCAAGAGUUCAAGACCAUUUCUGAAUUACAGAAUUUAUACUACCAAAGAAACCACUCCGAAUGGAACUUUAUACUCCCAGGUAUUCCAAGAGAACAAUUGGAAUUAUUCAAAGACAACUCUCAAGACUUAAAGAACUUCCAGUUCGUCACCAAGGACGCAGGAAAGAUUAUUGACAAGAUCCCUUACAAGGACGAAACCACCGGUGAAUUGAAGUGGAAGAUUGUGCGUGAAACCGAAAAGGCUGAAGGCUGGGAAUUCCCAUACUUCUACUUGGUGUUGCCAAUAUUCGCUUACGUGGCUUACUCUAAGUACACUGCUCAAAUGAAGAGAAGAGAAACCGACGGUCCAGACUGGGCUGAAAAGGAAUUAAGAUUGAGAGCCAUGGAAGACUACUUCCACGGUGACACCGAAAAGGCCAAGGAAUUCUUGAGUAACGAAGGCAAGUCCAAGAGAGAACUUAGAGACAGAGAUGAUUUGGUUGUUGCCAGAAUCUUGGCUGGAGACUACGACAAAUUGGCACAAUUGAAGAAGAAGUUGCCUGCUGAUUUAAUUCCAAAGGAAGAACCACACCCAAUUCUUAAGAUUUAA